CAACCAAGAUCAGUUAUGCGGGUCAGAACCUUAUCGUCGACAAUAAUGGAGUUCUCAUGGUGGCAUCGAUCGUCCACAUUUUUUCAGAGCAAUUAUUUAUGGUGGAUCGAGGUUCACUGCUGAUACAAAUUUUCUGCUGUUCUCCAUUGAUUGAAGUCUUUCUCGAGUGUAAUUUCAAGUGAUCUUGGUGGCUCUGGAAGAGUCAUUACUCAUUACCCUCGACGUUUCCAACCGUCUAGAGAGGACUGAGGAAUGGAGGAAAAACGAAAUACCACCGAGGUAGCCAGAGUUUCUCGAAAAAUAGUAUCCAUUGCCGCUGGGGAAGCUCACACUCUCGCUCUGAGUGGCGACGGAAGAGUAUAUUCUUGGGGAAGAGGAUUUUUCGGCCGCCUCGGCACCGGCUCGGAGGCGGACCGGCUUUCCCCGGCACGUAUCUAUUUCUAUGCUCCUGAUGAUGAAAGGGAAGACAAGGUUAAGAUUGUUGGUAUUGCUGCUGGGGCUUACCACAGUCUUGCACUUGCAGAUGAUGGAUCAAUAUGGGGCUGGGGUUACAACAUCUAUGGCCAAAUUGGUGUUGCGGGAGAAAAUUAUUCUAGUCCUCGGUUGUUGGAGGGUCUCUUGGAAUCGCAAUCAGCUAGUUCUUCAACACAGGAUCCUGGUGGGAAACCCUUGAAGGUUUCCUCUGUCAGUGCCGGAGGUAUGAUGUCUCUGGCUGUGGACAAUGGCGGGGCCAUGUGGAUGUGGGGUAAUUGUCCCAAUUCUUCUCAAAGUCAACCAUCAGAAGAAGAUUCUUCACUUGCCAGUGGUGUAGCUCCAGUUCCAGUCUGCGAUUUCCAUGGUCGCACUGUUUUUAAGGUGGCAUGUGGAAAUGAUCAUGUAGUUGCAUUGGUCAGUGCAGAAGAAAAAUCCAAAGGCAGUGGCCGAGUUUGCUACUCUUGGGGUGGUAAUAGCCAUGGACAGUUAGGAUUGGGAGACAGGGAAAACCGGUUACACCCGGAGAUCAUAGAAGCCUUCAAUAUAGAAUCCCCCUGGGAGAUCUAUGAUAUAGCUUGUGGUGCUUCACAUACAGCUGUACUAGCAAAGAGAAAGAAACCAGGCAACACUUCGGAAAAUGGUUGCUGGACCUUUGGGUUGGGGGAUAACGGGCAGCUGGGUCAUGGAACCACCCAAGCUUUACUUACUCCUGAACUUAUUAAAGGAUUGCCUCAGAAUCUGGUUUCAGUUGACUGUGGUCUAUAUCACAGCUGUGUUGUCUCAUCUUCCGGUGAGGUAUGGUCUUGGGGGAUGGAGAAGGGCCUAGGGCUGUGUCCUGAUUCUCGGUUUACUGGUGCUGAGGCCGGGGAUGCUCUUACUCCGUUAAUGAUUCCCUUUGGUGGAUUGCAUGGUAACAGAUUCUCGGAGCCUCUGCAAGUUGCAUGUGGUGCAGCCCAUACAGUUCUUGUUGCUGAUGCUGGGUAUAAACUAUGGUCUUGGGGCAGGGGUCGGAGUGGGGUUCUUGGAAAUGGUAGGUUAGUAGAUUGCUAUGCACCAACAGCAGUGCUAUGGCCAUUGGUCAGUGAUGAUUUCAAGGAAGAAGAAUCGAACAAUGCAUCGCUUGAGGACCAUAACAAGGAGAAGAUUCCAGAAGAUAAAACAGAAGAAACAGACAAAAGGCUAUCUGCUGCAAUGGAGGAGAUUAAGCUCCUUCAAUCAAAGCUUUCCAUGAUGGAACGAUACGCUGGCAUACUCCACGGUGCAGUAUUUGGGAAGCCUCUUCUUGAUACUGAACUUCCUGUCUCUCUCCGAACCUCUGGUGCAUUUGAUAUUGCUAAAGAGUGGGAGAGUAUGCUUGAGGAGUCAGAUGAAAGAAAGCUUAUUCGUCUGCAAAUGUUUUAUCGAGACAUGCUCACUGGGGUAAAAGAUAAGUUAAUGAAGAAAAGAAUACAAGAGGUAGUAAAAGAGUAUCUUAAUUCAUCUGCCAAAGGAACUACUGAAAACUAGCUGUCAUAUGUUCAUGCGACACUGCCCAUAUUUCUGUAUGUACCAACAAUAAGAAGUUGAAUGGAAGCUCUUUCAGCACUUGAAAUAUAUAGCUCCAUUGUUUUGGUUUUUUUUUUGUUUAGACUUUGAGAAGUUGGAAACAUGUUCAUUCGUAGCAUUUGUAGCAGAAUCCCAGUUUGGAGGCAUCAGGUAUAAGUUAGAAUUCAUUCUUAACUAGUUUGGAAAUGAAUGAUCAUACUAUCACAAAAGAAGACACUUGUGCUAGAAUACAUAAAUCAAAUACUUGAUCCAGGUACAGAUUUCCUUUUGUGAUCUGCCCUUAUUAUUCUUUUAUGACAUAGCAAUUCAAUAUUCUUGGAUUAGUAUUGGCUGUUGCAGCAAAAGAUGUUACAUGUUCAUCUCUUGCACACCACUCCACUGCCAUUGCUGCCACUUGAACAGCUCAAGUCCAUGAACUGAAAAUCGUUUGAAAUGCUCGUCUGUGUUCCCGCGAACCUGGCAACAGUGCAGUCUGUGGAGAAGAUGUUCGAAGAGGCGAACUCCUUCUCUCCUCCUAAAACAGGCAUGUCUAUUCCCAUCUUCGCUCUACUUGUGUAAUUUCUUGCAUAUGUUUGUCCCAGCACCCCAUUUACGCUGUCACUUAAUGAGUAAAAUUUGAACCCCAGAUCUAGAUGAGCAAAGCAGUUGUCACCCGUGAUUCCAUACUUGUGAAUUCUUGAAUCUUUUUCAGUGAUGGGGACUACAGCUGCUUUGAUCUGAAAGUUACCUUCGACUUCUAUUACAACUGCAUUGGUGUCAUGCGACCUUGUUAUGAGAAUCCCUGGCGAGAAUGCCGGCUGCCAUUUUGCACCUUUUUGUUCCCGAAGGAUGACAGGCAUCCCAUUAAAGGAUAGCUGUAACCGGUCGACUGCAUCGUCCCAAGUAGCUGUCUUCUUGGCACCAAUGAAGACCUGAUGUUUGCCAAAAAGGAUUCCCAGAGACUGAACCCAGGUGAAGUCCCUUCCGAUGUUCUCAAUUCUCCUACCAAUGAAAUGCGCAUUGAUAUGCAGGUUGGUGUCGGAAACCAGGCAGAAGUCCCUUUCCUUCUUGCCGUGGAAGUAAAAGGUGAUUCCAUCAGCUCCGAUGAAUCUCGGGUCUUGACAUACAGCUCCAGGCAUGUUGCAGUCUGUUGAUGUUUGCAAGAUGUGCAACACAACAUUGAGAAAUAAAACCAAUCAAUGAGAUAAAAAAAGCAAAAUAUGCUAACUCAUGAAUCAGAAACUUACUGCAUACUGGUUUGCAGGUGACGCAGUCGACCUCACAAUGGUUAGGACAAUCUGCAGGACACUGAUGCUCCUGGUAAUUGCAGCCGGGAUAUGCACUAUUCUUGCAACGGACUCUCUUCCCACCUGCAGCCUCAGAACUGUCGGGAGGGCUUGGAGCCAUUUCUGGUGGAGGCGAGCCAUGACUUGGACUAGGUGGCCCUGAUGGGUUGGAAUUUGGAGGUGGAGGAGGUGGGGUUGGAGUGACCACGGGCGGAGGGCUGUAAGUUGGUGCCGGAGGUGGUAGCCCACAAACAGGCUGGCAUUUGACACAAUCAACACUACAGGUCCUUGGGCAGGCAGCAGGGCAAGACAUGCGCUGAUUACAUGUCUUUUUGUACGACUUAUCUUGGCACUUGACAUUGCGCGGUUUGGGUUGUUUGGGUGGUGGAGGAGGUGGUGGUGGUGGCGGUGGGGUACAAACAGGCUGGCAUAGCCAGCAGUCGACUACACAGGUACUCGGACAAGUAGCAGGGCAGUAUAGAUCUCUAUUAGAGCAUGCCCGGAAGUUCUUCUUAUCUUCACACUUGACCUUCUUUGGUUUGUCAGGUUGCCCCUU